UGCUCCAGAAUCCCAAACUCUUCCCACCCCACUGCUCCAUAGGCUCAGUGGUUCCUCACAGGCACUUCAGCCUCUACUGGCAUCUCCUAAGGGAGGCUCCUACAAAGCGGUUCUGGCCGAACUCUGCCCAGAAAAGAGCUGAGAACAAUGAUGCUGGCCAGACCAUACUGUGCAGUAGUGGUCCUGCUGCUGCUGGCUGGAGUUUCCAGGACUGGCGAAGGGAAUUCUAAUCCUGGGUUCAUGGCCAGAAUCACCAAGAAGGGCCUGGAAUAUGUUCAACAAUAUGUAGUCACCACCCUGAAGGAGCAGUUGUCCACCAUCAGGUUGCCCGAUUUAUCAGGACAUUCUAAGAUUGAUUUGAUUGGAUGGGUGAGCUAUGAUUUUCACAGCCUGAAGAUCCAUCGCUUUGUGCUCCAGAACUGGAAUUUGAAUCUACUUCCAGAGCUGGGUAUAGGAGUUUUUUUGUCCAAUAGCUACAUGUCUGUGGGUGGGGACUGGAAGGUGAACAAGGCGUUCAUCACCCUAGACGGCAGCUUUGAGCUGAAGGCAAAUGGCAUUUCCAUAUCACUUUCUCUGAAUUUGGACAAGGACCAGUCUGGACGGCCCACUGCCUCAGUGACCGAGUGUAGCAAUUCCAUUGGCCACAUCAGCAUUCACCUUUCUGGAAGCUUAAGCUGGAUCCUAAAUCUCUUUCAUGAAAUAAUUGAAAACAAUAUCAAAAUGGUCUUGGAAGAAAAGGUCUGCGACAUGGUCACGGAGUUCACCACUUCCUACCUGGAGCUCUAUCUCAGGACUCUGCCAGUCACCACGAUGAUUGAUGAGGUUGCAAGCCUUGACUACAGAUUGGUAGGAGCUCCCCAGGUAACCUCUGAAGGCCUGGAUAUUCCCUUCAAGGGUGAAUUCUUCAGUCAAAGCCAUCCCUCACAUGUGCCUUUUGAAGCCCCAUCCAUGAUGCUGCCCCCACAACACGACCGCAUGAUUUACUUGGCAGUCUCCCAGUACAUGCUCAACACAGCCAUCUGGGUUUACCACCAUGCAGGGUGCAUGAAGGUCGUCAUCCAAAAUGAAGACCUGGCCAGGUUAUACCCCAACAUGGAAGUAGAACUUGAGGUGUCACUUGAGUCAGAGCCACUCCUGACACUCACCCCUGGGAAUGUGACCCUCUCACCAGUGAUAGACAUCCGAGGACUCGCCCUCCUGCCCAGCUCCUCUGACCAAAGGACACUCUUCCAGCUCAGGGUGAACACCAAUGUUUCCAUCGCCAUCGGGGUGAACUCCAAUAGGAUCGUUGGCUCAGUGACCAUAGGAAGUGAGCUGAAGUUUGAAGUGAAACAAUCCAACCUCGGCAACAUCAACAAGAAGCUGAUGGAAUCCAUCUUCAGCUACUACACAAUCAAGACCAUAUACUCCUCUCUCAAUGCAAAGCUCCAGGAGGGUUUCCCACUCCCUCUUCCAAGGGAGACAUCUCUCAACAGUGUGGAGCUCCAAAUCCACAAGAACCUCCUGUUUGUAGGAGCCUAUUUCGAUUAGGCUGAUAGAGCAGCCAGGAGUGUGCAUCUCGAGGAGACUGGACCUUGACUUGUGGCAACCCAAAAUUGUUAUCCAUUUUACCAGACACUUGUUCACCUCAUUCACCUAUUACUUCUAUCUUCUUUCCUUUUUUAACCUAUUUGAUACAAACUUGGACUCAAGCUCAGACUUGUAGUGAUCCCCAUUUUUAGCCUCCCCAGUGCUGGGAUUAUAGGCAUACACACACCUGGUCCUGGUGGCUCAGCACAGCCAAGGAGAACACUGUGGUGCAGGGGAUUAAGCCCCAGUCCCUGCGCUUGACUAAGCAGGUGCCUACUCCACUGAGCUAUCUUGCUGGCCCACUUCUAUUUCCUUGAGUCAAUUCCUCUAUUAUUCAUUAAAUUUCAACCUUUUAUUUCUAUGUAAGUACACUAAUAAAUCUCUAAACAUUA